AAAAGGCACACAAACCUUUUUGCCUUCAUUGAUUGCUGCUCCGUGUUCAGCAGAAGCUUUUACUUGGAGAGACAAGUCAGCACACAGUCGCCCCCGGACGCAGAGGCCAGAGGCAGUUCAAAGUUUGGGACUUGGGGUCUGGCUGCUAAGUGCUAACUCCUCCGAUCUCACAGGAAGAGAUAUUCCCUGAUUUGGAUUUUGCAGUUGGAUCCACCAAUGGGGAGAGCUCCGUGCUGUGAGAAAAUGGGAUUGAAUAAAGGUCCGUGGACCAAAGAAGAAGAUCAGAUCCUCAUCAGCUACAUCAAUGAAAACGGCCGCGGAAACUGGCGGGCGCUUCCCAAGAAAGCCGGUCUGUUAAGGUGCGGAAAGAGUUGCAGGCUUCGUUGGACCAACUAUUUAAGACCCGACAUUAAGCGUGGAAACUUCACCCAGGAAGAAGAGGACACCAUUAUUAAGUUGCAUCAAGCAUUAGGAAACAGAUGGUCCGCAAUUGCAGCAACAUUACCUGGACGAACCGAUAACGAGAUAAAAAACGUAUGGCACAGUCACUUGAAGAAGAGAUUAAUACCAGAGCAGGACCACGACCAGCACCACCAGGGCCAGGCCGUCAGAAAAACCAAACCAGAACAAGGGACAAACAAAGCAUUAUCAGUGGAGAAGCCCAAAUUGCAUUGUCAAGAUUCAAAUUCAAGUCCCGUGAAGAUAAUUGUAAGCAAACAGGAGCGGGGCACGAAUAAUCAAAGCUCUUCGCUGCAAUAUUCCUCCAGUGACGACAUCUCCUCCUCCUUAUCCUUCACGGAUGCCACCACCACUACUACAAUUCCUGAUAACCCGACUGAGAUAUACUUUACUAAUUCUGGUGAUGGUGAUUCAGUUUCAAACAAACACCAGGAGUUGGACCAGGACAUCUGGCACGAUGUUGUUUCUUCCCAAGACCAUUCACUGUCUCCGGUACUCCAUCGUGGGGGUUGUGGUUUUAACCCCUUCACCAAUGAUGAUAUCAACUUUUGGUGCGACCUUUUUACCAGAACUGAGGACAUAUCUCAUCUGCUUGAAUUUUGAUGUUGUCUGGUACAGGUAAUAAGAUGAUACAUUACAAUUCUA